AUGUCUCAUCAACGUAAUCUCAAGCUUUCAUUGGAUGAACCAAUAUCUGAUGCAAAUUCUUUGAAAGAAUGCCACAGUACACCAUAUAAACGACGAAAACAAACAAGUCAAGCUCUGGAAGCUCUAGGUCAACUUUUUAUGGAUUCAUCAGUUGAUGAUCUUGAUAAUAAUAAACUCAAUAAAAAUGAUAUACUCAGCUUGACACUGUCACGUCUUUUACGCCGUAAAUAUUGGUCAUCAGAUCUUGCUGACACAAAUGUUCAAUUAGCAACUAGUAUUCAAAGUUCAUCGGUUAUAGAUGAGCUCAAAGGCUUUAUUAUUGUAGUCAACACAGCUGGCAGAAUAAUUUUUAUCAGCGAUAAUGUUGAAUAUUACUUACGGAAAAAUGUUCGAUUACUUUAUCCUCAAUUAAUAAGUAUUUACGAUUGCAUAAGUAAGAAUGAUCAUGAUACUAUUCGUCAAAUUCUUUCAACGCCAACAUUGAAUGAAAAUCGUGCUAUUUGCAAUUGGAUAUUACCACGGGGUAAACGACCAAAUCGGUCAAAUACAGAAACAAAAUCAAUGGCGUUGACAGGCCAUUUUUUCUUUAAUCAAAAUGAUGAAAGCAAAGAACCAUUAUUUGUGGCACGCUGUGAACAAAUUCUUUCAAGUACACCAAACAUUCCAAUAAAUAGCAUGGGCUUGACAAGCACGACAAUACUUCGAUUUGUUCUCACUGAUCAAUUGAAUAUCAGUGAAAUUUCAUCAAAUAUGGAAUUUUUAUUAGGCUUUAAGCCAAAUGAACUAAUCGAUCAAUCAAUUCAUCGAAUUUUGUCAACUGAAUCAUGCGAUAUUAUCGAACAAGCAAAACAAAACUGCCUCUCAAAUCAACAUGCUACGUCAAUGAGUGUGCUCGAUUUAUUUACUCGCGAUGGUGAUCGUCUUACAUUUUUAUGCAACACGCAUACAUUGAUUGAAGGUAGAAGCAAAAGAAUCAAACUAGGUUUUCUGGCACAACUUAUUGAUCCUUUCAUGCGAUAUCAAUGCUUGAGUUAUGUUAAUCGACAGAAUGUUGAAAGACGAAAAGGUUUUAUUCAGCAAGAAUCAAUGUGUAUAUCACAUAUAAUAUUAAACAAUUCAACAGCAACAAAUGUGUCAAUGCCACCCAAUGAUCAAUGUUUAUCGAUGGCUAAUUCACCAAAAUCUAAACCUCAAAUAGUUAAUUAUCAAUACGUGGAAAAAGAAAACUAUGGUUUCUUUAAUCAACCUCAAUACAGGGCACAAGUACCAUUUGAAACAAAUUUUAAGAAUGAAUUUUCUCCAUCGAAAACACAAGAAGUUGGCUAUAUUGAUGACCUUUUUAAUUGGCUUGAUGAAGAAAAUAAGAAACCAAAGAAUAAAGUUGCAGUUUAUGAUAUUAUUCAUGAUGUAUUUGACUUGGAUCAUGGUCAAGACUUUGGUCUUUUAACGCCGACCAUAUCAGAAAUAAACUUCUUUUAA